UCUGCCUGAUGAUGUCCCAGGAAGCAGGUCAGACCUACCACAGAGGGAGAGAGGAAGGUAUAAGAGGAAAAGAAAUGUGAUGGCUAAGAGUUCACAGAGGAAGCAACGUGACUGUGUAAACCAAUGCAAAUCAAAGCCUGGCUUGAGCACCUCAAUCCCUCUGAGAAUGUCCAGUUACACAUUCAAGAGGCCAGUUACGAGAAUUACAUCCCAUCCUGGCAAUGAGGUUAGAUAUCAUCAGUGGGAGGACAGCUUGGAGAAACCCCAACAGGUCUGCUGGCAGAAGAGACUGCAAGGACUCCAGGCCUACAGCAGUGCAGGAGAACUUUUAAGUACUUUGGAUCUUGCCAAUACCUUGCAAAAACUCACACCUAGUUGCACAGGUGCCUCUCUGCUGGGGGAGCUUGCUGGUGGUCUGGAGCACUCCUGCCCCAUGCCCCCACUUGCCUGCUCUUCAGAUGUGGCGGAGUCAAUUCCCGGAGAGGGAGUGGGUGUCUCACAGCUCCUCUGCAAACAACUUGUGGUCACUGAGGAAGAGAUCAGGAAACAGGAGAGGAAAGUGAAGACAGUCAGAGAGAGACUCGUAAUAGCGUUGAUUGCCGACGGACUUGCUAAUGAGGCAGAGAAAGUGAGAGACCAAGAAGGCUGUCCUGAAAAACACAACAAGAAAAAGGGAAGAUAGUGCAGAUGAAAUAAAGUGUAAUCCUUUAUUAACA